UUUCCUGUGGAAAUUAAUUCUCAAAAAAAAUAAUUUAUCUAGACAGUGGAGUAGAUCUGUUGUUCGGCUUCCUUUCAUUACUGACACAUUUCUUUAGUUUCAGUGUCUGAAACACCAUGUAGAAAUGUGAAAUUACUAAUAUGUAGACCUAAAGAACCUACCAUUGCCACAGGGGCUGAUUGGAAAAGCUGGAAAAUAAAGGUCUGUGGCUCACCAGUAAAAAGAGAAAUACCUCAUGGUCUUUACUGAGAACAGUGCAGUGCAAAAGACAUGCAUCACUUUGAGGAAGAACUAACAUGUUCCAUUUGCUAUAGCAUAUUUGAGGAUCCACGUGUUCUGCCCUGUUCCCAUACAUUUUGUAGGAACUGUCUGGAAGGUGUCAUUCAGCUGUCAAGCAACUUUUCCAUUUGGAGACCCUUGAGAGUUCCUCUGAAGUGUCCUAACUGUAGGAGUAUUGUUGAAAUCCCUGCUGCUGGUACCGAAUCGUUGCCUGUCAACUUUGCACUGAAAGCUAUUAUUGAAAAAUACCAGCAGGAAGAUCACUCUGACGUUGCGACCUGCAGUGAACACUAUAGGCAACCGCUGAAUGUUUACUGUCUUUUGGAUAGAAAAUUGGUGUGUGGCCAUUGCCUUACAAUAGGAAAACACAACGGUCAUCCCAUAGAUGACCUUCAAAGUGCCUACAUAAAAGAAAAGGAGACUUCUGGAAAAAUUCUCGAGCAGCUAACUGAUAAACACUGGAGUGAUGUGUGUUUGCUUAUUGAAAAGCUGAAAGAACAGAAGUCCCACUGUGAAAGCAUGGUUCAGGAUGAUAAAAAAGUAGUAGUACGGUAUUUUAAGAAAUUGAGCGAUACCUUGGAGCACAAAAAACAAGCUCUGCUGACUGCGCUGGAUGAAAUUAACACACAGAUCUUGGAAGAGUAUCAGCCUCUCAUUGAGAAGUUGAAAAGAAUAAGGGAAGAGCAGCUGGAAUUAAUGUCACUGAAUACAGCGAUUCAAAAAGAAGAGUCCCCGCUUAUUUUUCUUGAGAAGGUGGAUGGUAUGCAUCAACGUAUACAAGCUUUGAAACAGAAGCAACUGCCGGAUGUUAAACCUGUGGAGAUUUAUCCGAGGAUCGGGCACCUCCUGAAAGAGGUGUGGUCUAAAACUGAAAUUGGUCAGAUCAACAAGAUCCUCACUCCAAAAAUAAAACUGAUUCCGAAAAGGAAGUUACGCAGCAAAGGCAGCGGAAGGGAAGGAAGAGAAUCUAAAGAACUCUUCCAGGCUGUAAAUCCUUUAGCAGUCCUGCUUCUUUUUAUAAUGGUGGUGGUAACUGUGUUUUCAUUUCACAAACCGGUAUCAUCACUUGUAAUCAAAGCUACUCCCACUUAUAUCUCAGAAUUCGUGCUGCUUUUUUAUCAAGAUUUCUGCACCCAUUUGCAGAAUAUAGUGGAUGUGCUGUGCCAUACAUUUAAUUUACUGAUGGAGUUUUGGGGGACAGUUGUUUCUCUUUGACUAUUUCAAUGAUGAGAUUAAGAGUUAGUGUAGGAAUGCACAGGAUUUUAUUUUUUUUUUUUUAAUUUCAACUUAAAAAGCUGGAUUGUUAAGGCUCUACCCUUUUCCUUUAUAUUUCCCUAUCCUCCCUUUUUCUGUAUUUUGUAGAUUUCCUCUUGGCUAACUCUUAGUUAACUGAGGAGAUCUGCAACAAAAAAGGCUUCCUCUUCUGCUCACACAGUAAGGUGGGUAGGUUGGGGUGUGUUCAAACUGGAAGAUAAUCAGGAACAACGUCUUCCUAAGCAAGCUGUAAUCAGCUUACAAAUUGUAAUUGGGUGUCGUGUUUGUAAAAACUCUUCACAGAUUUUUUUUUUUUUUUUGGUAACGUAAUUUUAAAUUUUUUUUUUAUAAAACCACUCCAACAUUAAAGGUUAAAAAACCACCUCAGGCUGCACACUGGCUAGUCCUGGAUGGGCCAGUCACUAGCUGCAUAUAAAACUCCUAUUUUGUGUCUUAUUGACCUCUCUCUGAAUGUAUUUUAACUGAUACACCUGUGGUCUUUUAAAGUGUAUAUUCAUGGCCCCAGGUUUCAUUUUAUUUCUUCCUGCUUACUAGUGGAUGAUGUGAUUUAAUCUUUUUUUUUUUAAUUUUGUGUCUUUCAAAUGGUUCUCUCCACGUUACAGAGCAGUAUGUGUAGGACUUCUGGUGAACUAUUACGUACAGUUUGUUAGUGCAGCUGUGCAUAAAUCAGGGGUUUCUUUAGUCUGGCAGGGAGCUCUCGCUGCUUACUAAAAUGAGCCCUGACUUUUUGCUAAAUCAUUUAAUAUGUAGUGAAAAUAGAUACAUACUGUAGUAAGUAGCAAACCUCCCACUGUAGAGUGGUAUAAGUAAGUCAGUGGUAUAAGGAUUUCUAAUGUCAAGAGCUCUUAAACCAACUUAACAAUGAAUCUAAAUUUAUAUUCAGCUUUUCAGCACAAAUAAUGGAGGUCUUUACCUUGACAUAGAGGAAAUGUGAUGAUAGCAUUUCGUUUCACUACUUCUGAUGAGAUGCUCCAGCCUAAACUGUGCUCAGGAGCGAAACCCCCAGCAAAAGCCAUUUUUAGUCUCCAGUUAUUAACAGGCUGAUUACAGUAAGUACUGGGACAGCCUUCAAGCGCUGCAGAACACAGGUGAGCUUAUGAUUCACUAAAAACCCAAAAACCAGUGUUCGCUAUGUCUAAUUGUAUUUGACUUGAUAAAAAUAAUAGCAUAUUCUAGCACAGCAGCAUCCCUUGGCUGUUGUAUAUUUUUAAAUAAUAAAAGUUGUCUAAAUAGCGAUUGAAUUUGGAGGCUAGCCUUUAACUACUUGGUAUUUUAAAGCCUUGUGCAACCCCAGACUUGCUCGUUGCUACCAGCAGAUGCUAAUGGCGUCCUGCAAAAUAACAAUUGCUGCCAGACUUCAGUGAGGGCUGAGAGCAAGGUCAGGCCUUGGAGGCGAUGCUGAUGCAUUCCUUAAGCCUACGUAAGAUCCUAAUGACAAUAUUGGUAUCCUAACGUUGCUGUGUGGAUAAAACACUGAGUCUCUGCAGCUCGGUGGGUUUGAUUGCCCAGGUUUGACUGAGGCAGGAGCCAGCAGCGCUGCAGGGGGGUGGGCCUUUGCCUGCACAUUAGGAGUGGUUUCUAGAAUUUGUACAUUUUCUGUACGUUUUCUGUAAUCUUUUAGAGUUCACGAAGGCAAAUCCCAUCAAUACCACUGGUCAGGUUUUGAAAUGAUGUUUAGGUGUAUCCUAGGACUGGAUAAAUGUUGUCAUAUUAAUUUCCCAGUAAAAUUGGGAAUUCGUUUUUGUCUUAAGCCCUGCUGGAAGGCUGUCACUUGGCAUGUAAGUCUCAAAACCUGGUGCUAAGUGUCUGUCUACUACCACAUGAGGCUUCUUUUUUGAUUGACUUACCUCCCUUUUAUUUUCCUGACUUUUAAAAACUUACAGAGAGUUUAUAAUGCGAUUUUAUUUUUCAAGACUACCGGGAUUUAUAAGAUGCCUUUAUCACUGAUUGAAAUGUUUAGUACUUGUACUUCAAAUGCACUAUGUAUUUUAAUAAAUUUGCAUACAAAUAAAAUAUAUUCUUC